AUGACAUCAUUCAAAACAACAAAGAAACACCAUAAACACAUCAACAACCCUUUCCCCUCCAACCCAAAGACUCUUCCUUUGAUCCAAGGAAGUCUAUUUUUCGAUCCUCAAACACUUCCUCCACAGCAAGUUUACGACAUAGGCCAUGAUUUCCAGCUGAAGUGGUCGUCAAACAAUGGAGGGUCUCUCGCAGUUUGCCACAAGUCCAACUUCUCAAGAUCGAUAUGGUCUACGGUGCCGGGCCGGGCCUUCGUCUCUGCAACCGCCGCCGACACAGAGGUGGAGGAGAGCAGGGGAUCGUUCGUGGUCAAAGACAGCAACAUCCGCCUCGUAUGCAGUCAUCAAACUGUUGAAGAGAUCAGAGUCAUUCAAGAAUCGGACCCGGAAAGGGAUAGGGCCCGGGCCCUAUCACCUUCUAUGCUGAUCAAAGGGAGGGUUUUUAAUGUGAAGGGAGGGAGAAGAGGGCGUGUUGAGAGUGAAAGUUUGGAGCUUGUUGAGAAGAGCAUAGCUGCAUAUGCUAAGUAUUGGAUGGUGUUUGAUCAGAAAAGCAGUGAUCAAGUGGGGUUUCGAGUGAGGUUUGGGACGCCGAAUUCGGGUCGGGACCAGAAGCUCUCUGCAAGAAGCUAUGGAUGCAGAGGCCUUGCUCGAAAAUUGGGGAGAAUUCGCAGGCUUCGAGUUGGAUGGUGUGGAUCUUUCUUGAAAAAGAGAGUGGUUGUUGCAUUUUCUCAAGAAGAGGAGAAUGUGGUGAUGAAGAAGGCAUCUUUUCUUGAUUUCAAUAGGGUUUGCCUCACUUAUUCUAGUGAGAGGAGUGAGAGAUUCUAUGGCUUUGGAGAGCAGUUCUCUCACAUGGAUUUGAAGGGGAAGAGGGUGCCAAUGUUGGUUCAAGAACAAGGGAUCGGAAGAGGGGAUCAGCCCAUCACUUUUGCUGCUAAUUUGGUUAGCUAUAGGGCAGGAGGUGAUGAGAGCACAACUUAUGCCCCUUCACCUUUUUACAUCACUUCAAAGAUGAGAUCACUUUAUCUUGAAGGAUAUAACUACUCAGUUUUUGAUCUAACAAAUGAUGAAUCUGUCCAGAUACAGUUGUAUGGAGACAUGAUUGAAGGUAGAAUCUUGAAUGGGAACUCACCGGUUGAGCUCAUUGAACGCUUCACGGAGACCAUAGGUAGGCCUCAAGAGCUUCCCGAGUGGAUAAUCUCCGGGGCUGUGGUGGGCUUGCAAGGAGGCACGGACGUGGUUCGUGACAUCUGGGAGCAGCUGCAAGCCAUGGAUACACCAAUAUCAGCAUUUUGGUUGCAGGAUUGGGUAGGGCAGAGGAAGACAGUUAUCGGGUCACAACUAUGGUGGAAUUGGGAAGUGGAUUCAACUAGGUAUACGGGUUGGAGACAGUUGAUUGAAGAUCUUAGUGCUCAGAAAAUCAAAGUGAUGACAUACUGCAAUCCUUGUCUAGCUCCAAUGGAUGAGAAGAAAAAUGUGGGAAGGCACCUCUUUGAGGAAGCCAUGAAGUUGGAUAUCUUAGUGAAGGAUAAAAAUGGAGGACCAUACAUGGUUCCCAACACGGCUUUUGAUGUCGGGAUGUUGGAUUUCACGCACCCUAAAGCAGCACCUUGGUUCAAGCAGAUCUUGAAAGAAAUGGUGGAUGAUGGAGUCCGGGGCUGGAUGGCUGAUUUUGGCGAAGGCCUUCCAGUAGACGCUUGCCUCUAUUCAGGAGAGGAUCCCAUCACGGCCCACAACAGGUAUCCGGAGAUCUGGGCUAGGGUGAACAAGGAAUUUGUGGAGGAAUGGGAAAGCAGCCGGGCAGACGAGCCCUUGGUUUUCUUCAUGAGGGCCGGCUUUCGAGAUAGCCCAAAAUGGGCUAGCCUGUUUUGGGAAGGGGAUCAAAUGGUGAGCUGGCAAGCCAAUGAUGGGAUAAAAAGUGCAGUUGUAGGUUUGUUAAGCAGUGGGAUAUCUGGCUAUGCUUUCAACCAUAGUGAUAUUGGUGGCUAUUGUGCUGUCAACUUGCCGUUUUUCAAGUACCAACGGAGCAAGGAGCUUCUGCUCCGUUGGAUGGAGCUCAACGCGUUCACCACUGUCUUCCGUACACAUGAAGGGAACAAGCCAUCAUGCAAUAGCCAAUUCUACUCCAACCAAAAAACUCUAUCUCAUUUCUCAAGAUUUGCAAAGAUUUACAAAGCAUGGAAGUUCUACCGGCUGCAGCUAGUAAAGGAAGCAUCGCAGAAGGGGCUGCCGGUGUGUCGCCACCUCUUCCUCCACUACCCAAAAGACGAGCAUAUUCACAAGCUAACAUACGAGCAGUUUCUAGUUGGCUCGGAGAUCCUAGUGGCGCCUGUGCUCGACAAAGGCAAGGAGGCUGUUAAGGUCUACUUCCCACAAGGGGAGAGUCAUGUGUGGAAGCAUGUUUGGACAGGAAAACUACAUCACAAACAAGGUUUUGAAGCUUGGGUGGAAGCUCCAAUGGGAUAUCCAGCCAUUUUUGUGAAAGAUGGAUCCCAAAUCGGAGAAAAGUUUCUAGAAAACCUUAGAGACUACAACAUCUUGUGAUAGAACAGAUUCUUUGCAAAUAGUUAGGAUGGAUGAUUGAUUUUAAUUUGAUUUGAUUUCAUCAUGUGAUUAAGUGCUCAAAAUGUAAAUAGCAUGAUUCAUUUCAAUCUUGGAAGCAAGAAUCUUACAUUAGAUCA